AUGGCGGCGGCUAAGCUGGGAAGACUUGCAGUGAAAAACACAGCGUUUUUACUUUGUGAUAUUCAAGAAAAAUUUCGUCCUUCGAUUAUAUAUUUUCCGGAGAUCAUCAAAGUUGCUCAAAGAAUGGUAAGAAGCUUUUGAUUAUUUCGUUUGAUCAAGGGCCUGCACCAAGCAAAUGUUUCGCAGUUGUUCCGUCGUAUUACUGUCCACUCUACUGCGCUUUUUACACAUUUUGGGUGACAUGUCUAAAAAGCUCUGCGAAGGAAAGCGAUACCGUGAGAGUCAAGACUCUCUUAAAGGUUUCUAGUUACCGACUUGAUAGCUCCUGCUAGUAACCAAAAAAUUGAUGAUUCUUUGUGUUGUAGAUUAAUUAAACCAGUUGAUACCCUGCGUGCCAGAGGCUUUUCAUGCGCGAAAAAGAAAAAGAGACCCGCGCGAAAAGCCAUUGGACCAGAGCGCCAUCCCUUUGAUAGCGCUGAGCCAUCAACCCUACUUAUACCAAAACAUCCAGAAUUUGGAUGUUUUGUUGAUCGGUGCCUUUGAGAUGUCGAAUGUUUCAAAUGCUCUGAUUGGAUUACAGUCAGAGAGGCGCGUGAUCAGGACGCAGGUGGUUUGAAAGUGACACAAUCCAUCUCGAGUCACGUAUGUUUUUGCCUUUUGGAAGAGAAUUGGAAAUAUCAGAUGGCUGUACGAGCAAUAGCCAAAGUCAUCAGAACAUUUGAUGGUGUGGAGGGAAUAAGUGCAGAACAAAAAGAGGGCAUUGUAAAUUAUAUUCAAAGGAAAGACAUAUUGACAGUCUUAGGGACCGGCUAUGGAAAAUCACUGGUCAUCACUGCUGUUCCAGUUAAUACCUGGUAUAUGCAGUGUGUAAAAGAGGGUCGUUAGGUAACACAUGAGUUUUACCCUGUGCCAAAAUGAUGCUUGUUCCAAUGAAUUUUUUCUCUAGCUGUAGAAUUUGCUCUUGUGGGUUCUUCGUUUUGACUGAGCAAACGUGCAUUAUUUUUGCAGCUUGUUUCAUACUGAGAGGUCUUGAAAAGCAUAUUGAUUUUCUGCGGUUUAUGUUUUUGGUCGGCAUAAUUUGCCCUCUGAUGCAAGAGCAUUUUCUUUGACCUCUUUUGAAAUGUAAACUUCCUCUUUGUGGCUAAAUAAACUUGUAGGUUGGUUAAUUUUCUCCAAAGUGCCUCCUUGAUCUGAAUAACUAAAAGCAAUGUUUUUUUGUCCAUGAAUGUGAAGUUUUCGUGCAAUGUUCUGUCACACUGGGCCCAACUCGUCAGUAGUUUUUGCAGGAUGUCAAAUUCUCAGGGAUACAGAUUUACAGAUCCCAAUUUUGAAGAAUGAACAGCAGCUUAAACUAAAGCUACAUAAAUUAUGGACAACUGCACUGUGAGUCAUUCAAGACUGCUCAGACUUUAAGCAAUGAUUUUUAAACUCCAGCUUGUUUUUCUAAAUAUAAUGUGACUCUUUGGGCUGAAGUGCAUUGUUCCUCCCUUGGUGAUUACUUUUCAGUUACCUUAUUCACAAUAUCUGCCAUCUUCCCAUGCAUUUUUGGAGGGAUGAGAUGAAAGUAAUGCCACGUGGGUGGGGGGGGGGGGGGGGCUGUGGUAUGGCUAAACACUGCCCACCCUGAGCUUGUGUCAAUAAGUAGCUGUGCUUUUCUGAUUAGGCCUUAACUAUUUGCUGCUUUUCCAUCAGUUUGCAUAGCACAUAAGAUUGGCAACAUGAAGGGCCAUUUUCUGGCUAAAUGGAUGCACAUAUUUCAAAAUUUGAACUUCUUUGGGAAUCUAUUGCCAAUAUAACAAUAAUGGAAAUCAAUUGUUUUGUUACCACCCUUGGUCUUCUUAAAAAUUUCAGUUUCAUUCAUUCACAUUCCAUAAGCAUAAGUUUACACAUUAUUUUUUCUUACAGGUUGCAGCAGCAAACAUCUUGAAAAUACCAGUCAUUGCAACUGAACAGGUACUAAAUCAGCCCUGUAACUGUGUCAGUUGUGUAGUACUAACACCUCACUUUACAGUAAAUAAGUUUUUAUUUCCCUUGCAAGAGCUUGGGAGAAAGAAAAUGUACUUUACUUGAAGGUAGUAAGAGAGUUAAAGGAGCUCUGUCGCAAAAUUUAUCAAAUUUUAAUAAGUCCCAGCCACCACCAAACUGAGUGAAACAUAAAAAUAGCCGCUCAAAAAAUUAAAAGAAGGUAUGAACAGCACAGCAAAUAUGAAAGAAGGCACAGAUGGACAAACAUGUGGAAGAUUAAAAUGGAUUGGAACUGUUGUUUUUUCGAAAACUUGUUAUAAACAAAAAGAUUUAUUUCACUCAGCUCCAUUUACAUGUGAUUCAGAUAGAUAAAGAAAAAGAGACAAAUAAAUACAAUUUUUUUAUUACAUAAGUGAAGAAUAAAAAUUGUAGUCACUAGGUAAGGAGCAAGUUGGGAUCAUCCAAAUAGCAAAGACUAAUCUAGUGGAUGUUAGCCUAACAGUUUUUUUCAAAGCUUUACUUUGUUAUUGUAAUUUUGAUAUUAUGCUUUGGAAACAUAUUUGUUGCACAAGAAUUAAGCUGUUAUUUUGUCAUUUGAAAGUAAUUUCUUCUCUUUCACCAAGUUUCAUAGCGAAUAAAGAUGCAUAAUAGGUCAUUUGUGCGAUGGCAUCAUUUUACCACUAUGACCAGAAUCCUUUUCGUUUUUCCUUUCAUAUUCAAAUUUGGUAAAUCCCAGCAAGGUUUAAAUAACAAAACCCCUAAUUUGCACAAAAAAGCAAAUCCUGAAAGAUUCUGGUCGUAGUGGAAAAAUGACGUCAUUGUGGAAAUGGCCUAUUGGCAGUACUAUAAAAAUCAACUAGACAGCUGCAUCACAGCCCCUUUAAUGAAGAGGGGAUUAAUUUAUAACAGAAACUCAUGAGGGGUUUUCAACCCCUUAUGAGUUUCUGUUUAUAAGUAAUGUCUUGCUAUAUGUUGUAAAUCGUCUUUUUUCCUUAGUAUCCCAAAGGACUUGGCAAUACAGUAGAGGAGAUUGACACGAGUCCUUUCAAGGAGCGUGUUUUUUCCAAGACAAAGUUUUCCAUGGUCAUUCCUGAAGUGGAAGAACAGCUCAAGCAACUGAACGUUGAGAACGUUGUGUUGAUGGGUAUUGAGGUAUGCUCAAUUUGUAGUCAACAAAAAUAAUACCAUAAAGUUUUCUUAUCUAAGUGCACCUCUGCAGAGCUAAGAAAAAAAGCUUUUGGUUUGAUAAAAUUUGAAUGUUGACAAUGUUGAAUAGUUAGGGAAAGGUCCAGGCAAAGCAUCAAACCACUUGUUAGUGAAUGUCAAUACUGGUAGCCAUUUUCUUCUUUGCAAUGAUUACAAUAUUAUGUCUGUUCAAUAAAAAUGACAUCCAAUGUGUAGCUUAUGAGGAGAAAAAUGAUUAAAUUACAGACUGAUGACAAGAGUGGGUUUUGCAAGGGUGGGUGAAAAAGAUAUCAAAACCUGUGUCAUGUCCGUUGUAUGAUUUCUUUUACCACCAGCUAUUGUGGUCAACUGUUGUGUCAGUUUUCUCAUACUUUUGUGGGAUUUCUCUCAAGAUUAAGUAAAAAGGUGAGCAAGCAAGGAGGGUUGUCCAAUAAACACGAACUGAGUCCAGUCAUUUAAGUGCAAAAUUUUACUUUUAAGUAUAUAUAUAUAUAUAUACAGUUUCAUGAGUGUCAUACUCUAAAUGCUCUGCAUGCAAGCAGAAUUGCUUGGACAUAUCGCAUCCACUAGGAUGCAUUUCCCAAACCAAUAGAAUUAUAAAAAUUUCAAUAGAACUUGUAGUUAUCAAAAAUAUAGUGAAAUAAUAGGAGGCCAGGAAGAAUGGAAAUGACAAGGUUAGUUUUGUUUAGAUAGCAAAUGUGUUUCUUGGUAGAAAUUGACCAAUUACACGUUUAUGUACCCCUUUGUUGCCUUGUACUGAACCAUAAGAGCAAAGUGAAUUUAUUGCUUUUAGACACAAGUUUGUGUUCUACAAACCACAAUGGACCUUCUAGAGAGAAACUAUAAUGUUCAUGUGUUAGCUGAUGGGGUGUCAUCACGCACAAUGGUUGAAAGGAUGUUUGCACUUGAGGUAAAAAACUAGUUAAAUCUCUUAAGACUAUUUUUAGCAUAAUAACUAGCAGUGACGGAGGAAAUAGAACUACUAGGUGUCUGUGUAAAAUGCAAAUAUAUAUGUCCCCGCCAAAAUAAUUUAUUGCAGCGUGAGGAAUUUCUUCGCUCGUUUCUCAGAUGUCAUUUCGCGGGGAAACCAGUGGUGGCGUCGCGAAAUGUCAGCUCUUUUCUCAGGUUAAAAUGAAAACUGUUCAACAACUUUCAUUGAAGAUCUCACCUACACACCUGAAAGUUUGAUCCUGGAAGUGUAGAAAUUAAUAUUAUCAAAACUUUUGUUUCAGCGGAUACGUCAAAUUGGUGGGUUUGUUACAACAAGUGAGUGCAGCUUGUUCAUGCUGAUGGGUGAUUCAAAACAUCCCAACUUCAGAGAGGUUCAAGCGUUGGUGAAAACUGCAGCCCCAGACUCUGGUCUUCUGUCUAAAUGUUAACGUCAAGUUACGGUUUUUAUACAAACACAACAUUCAGGUCAUAAUCUCGAUAAAAUAUACAUGAACACUAACAAGAAAGAUGAUCUGUUUAGAAAAAAAAUAUAUGGGCCUAGUUUAAAUGUGCAUUCUGUUUGGCUUAAGCAAUGAUUCACAAAGUGUAGCAGCUAUCUUAACUAAUUAGAAAAUACCAUUAAAAAAUGCAAGCAAGCCUAGGCAUAGCCUUGGUGUACAAUUCUUAGCACAUGCGUGUUGCCACCUUUUUUCUAUGACUUUGCUUUACCGCAUUACAUUAAGGAGGAGAGAAGGAGAGUGGAAGGCCGGGUAUUUAUCUCAUCUGCUUUCCGCACUUUUUUUCUCACUUAUCUCCCUGAACCCAAGGUUAUUGGCUUGGCCAGAGAAGCCUCUAAAGGAAAGAAGUGUUUUAGAACUAUUCAGUCGGCAAAGACAAGCAUAGCAAUAGCCGCCGAAAAGGCGCUCAAUGUUGACUUUGUGUCCUGACUGUAUCAACAAGCCAAAUUAAAAGGGUCGAAGGAUUGUACUACAAUAACGCAUUUCAAGUCAAUGCAGGGGACCCUGAAAGUCGUUAAUGAGCUUCAUGCAAGAAAAUCUACUAAUUCGAAUGUAAAUGAGAUAGAAAUGAAUGGCCAUUCUAUUGCUGAUGUACGGGAGUUAGCCAAAACCUUUAAUUACCACUUCGCUAGUGUCGGGGCAAAGAAAGCCAGUAUCAUACCCAAUGGUGAUAGUUCUCAUUCAGAAUAUCUCAAUCUUACUCUAGAUGAUGAAAAUUGCUUCGUGCUCAAACAAACGGAUGUAGCUACUGCUUAUUCAUUAUCUAAAUUAAGUCAAUCUAAGUCAGAUCUCUGUGAGACUGCUUCGUGAAUGUGCUGACCUGAUUGCACCCUGUCUUUGUUCCAUCUUUAAUCGCUGUAUUUCUGGUGCUUUUCCUGAC